GUAGAAGGAAUGAAAUGUAGAUCCAGUCUACGAUCUGACAGAUCGCAAAGAGGAAUAAAUCCCAAUCAAGUUGCAGAAGCGUUGCAGUGGCUGGGCGUCUUCCUGACCUGCACCGAAACAUCCACAUACCGUGGUCGAGCCGUGACUGGCAUACUUGAUAACCUCCGAUUACACCAUUUUUCAUUAAUCCUUUAGUGACAUGGGCAGGCGUGAUACUGCUCCUACGUUGACUCGACCAGGAAAACCCUCAGAACUUGUGGGAAAGGCGGGGCAUUUUGUUAGAGAGAGAUUCACAAAGAGGAGGAAGAGUGCCAAUCCAACAAAGACAAUCCCGGUCUCUAGUGCUAUUAUGGUGUCCAGUGAACACGUUGACAAGCAGAGCUCCGCUCGCCCAUCGACUCAGGUCGAUGAUCAUACACAUAUAUUGCGCCUCCUUGCUGAGGAUAUUCAAGGCGAGGGUCACUAUGGGGAACUCCUCGCACUACGAGGUCCCGGCGCGCAGCGUGCUCUAGAACUAAUGCAAGAGCUUCUUGACGACGGCCCCGUGUGGAGGUCCUUUUCCAUCGAGUCGUCUCAGGAGAAUCGACGACGGAUCUAUGACAGCAUGCUGCGCCUCUCCAAAUCUUCCCAACAAGUGCCGUCAUCGCUUUUUGUUACUGUGCAGCACAUACUGGCAGAUAUGCCAGAAUGCAUAGGACUAAACUCAGAUAUAUAUCUAGCUCUUUAUUCAGGUACAAAGGUCGCUGUCAGACGAAUACGAAGUCAACAAUGGCAGACGGAUAGAACGGGAUGGGAAGCUACGAAAGCUCGUCUUUUCUUUGAAUGCCUCAAGUGGUGACAGUUUCGACAUCCGAACGUACUUCCUUUGUUCGGAAUAGAUACGUCAUUUCCAA